UUGCAGGGCGCUAUAAAAGUCACCCUCGUCUCCCUCCCUUGGCACGACUUUGGUCGGCAGGGAUCCGCCAGCCAGCAGCACCGCCGCCUAGGCUCCGGCGAGGUGCAGCGCCGGGAGUAUCCUCUGUGCUUUCACUCGCCAGUAGGAUCUCCGGCGAACUUCCGGUGAGGGGGUCUAUCAAAGCUGUUAUAACUUUUUGUUAAUGGACCAAAGUUUUUCUACUAUUGAAUCACCACGGCGGAAGCCAGGCCUUUUAAGAGAUCAAGUUCAGCUAGUGAAAAGAAAAGACUCUCAUAGAUAUGAAAUUGCUCCAAUUCAAGAUGCACUAUCUUUUGAGAAGGGUUUCUUUGUAGUCAUCCGUGCUUGCCAGUUGUUGGCCCAAAAGAAUGAGGGGAUUAUCAUGGUUGGUGUUGCUGGUCCUUCGGGGGCUGGAAAGACUGUAUUCACUGAGAAAAUUCUGAAUUUCAUGCCAAGUAUUGCUUUGAUAUCCAUGGAUAACUACAAUGACUCAAGUCGAAUAAUUGAUGGAAACUUUGACGAUCCUCGUCUAACAGAUUAUGAUACUUUGCUUGAAAACAUUCAUGGCCUGAAAGAAGGAAAGUCGGUCCAAGUCCCAAUUUAUGAUUUCAAGUCAAGCUGCCGGAUAGGAUAUCGGACUGUGGAAGUUCCGAGCUCUAGGAUUCUAAUAAUCGAAGGAAUCUACGCUUUGAGUGAAAAAUUGAGGCCUGUAUUAGACCUUCGUGUUUCUGUAACAGGAGGUGUACACUUUGACCUCGUGAAGAGGGUCUUAAGGGACAUACAACGUGUUGGACACGAACCAGAAGAAAUAAUCCAUCAAAUAUCAGAAACGGUUUAUCCUAUGUAUAAGGCAUUUAUUGAACCAGACCUACGAACUGCGCAUAUAAAAAUCAUCAACAAAUUCAAUCCAUUCUCAGGUUUCCAGAAUCCAACUUACAUUUUAAAGUCACCAAGGACCGCCUCAGUGGAUCAAAUUAAGGCUGUUAUUUCUGCAGAACACAGGGAAAAUAGUGAGGAAACUUACGAUAUAUAUCUCCUACCACCUGGUGAAGAUCCAGAUGCAUGCCAGUCCUAUUUGAGAAUGCGAAACAGAGAUGGAAAGUACAAUCUCAUGUUUGAGGAAUGGGUUACAGAUAGCCCCUUCAUUAUAUCACCGCGGAUUACUUUUGAAGUUAGCGUGCGGCUUCUCGGAGGGUUGAUGGCUUUGGGCUAUAGUAUUGCUGCUAUUUUAAAAAGAAGCAGCCACGUAUUCUCCGACGACAGAGUGACCGUAAAAAUCGAUUGGUUGGAACAAUUGAAUCGAAGUUAUAUUCAGGUGCAAGGAAGAGACCGAGUAGUUGUUAAAUGUGUUGCUGACCAAUUGGGAUUGGAAGGUUCGUAUAUUCCUCGUACAUACAUAGAGCAAAUUCAGCUUGAGAAACUCGUCAACGACGUGAUGGCUGUUCCGGAUGAUUUGAAGACGAAGCUUAGCAUAGAUGAUGAUUUGGUAUUAAGCCCAAGAGAAGCACUUUCUCGAUCCAUGGGUGAUAGGGCUGCCAUGAAAAGCAAGCAUCUCAGUGGUUUAUCACAGUCAUACUCGACACGAGCUGACAAGCAUCUUGGUAAGCUAACUAAUCUUACUGUCGGUGGCGAAAGAUAUGAUGCCCGUGGCCCUGAUUCACCUGGAGUAAAAGAGGGAGUGAUCAAACAACUCUCAGAACAAAUAUCAACAUUGAAUGAAAGGAUGGAUGAGUUUACGUCGCGGAUCGAGGAGUUGAAUUCUAAGUUUUCAGUGCAGAAAUCAUCAAUGAGCCAACAAAAUCUCUCUCUCCAAGGAGAAGGUUAUGGUGCUGCUGCUCCAAAAAAUUUAUUUGUGUCCAGCUUGGGCAAUGGUUCCUUGAUACCCAAUUCAUCAUCUUCCAAUCAACUUAAUAAAGAGUCUUCACUAAUGGAAGAGAUCAUCGCGAUCGCUCGUUCUCAACGUCAAAUGAUGCAUCAAUUAGACAAUCUCUCGAAUCUUGUUCAGGAAAAGUUGACCAAGCUUAAUAAUGCUCGCGGCCGAUUGACCGAUACUGAUGCUUUUGGAAAUCCAGUAUUUCUAUUGCUUGCAGGAGGAUUAGGGUUUUUUCUGUUGAGGCGUUUAUACAAGUUCUGAGAUGGAUUAGUCUUCUAACACCUUCACUCCCCUCAUAGUAUGCAACAAACAUUUUGCUUACUUCUUCUUCUUCCUCUCUGCCUAUUUAUUUGUUUUAGAUACAGAAAGGAGGUCUUAUUCCUAACCUCCAUUUGAGCUCAUUGAAUAGGCAAUUUUAGUCAUUAAUUGUUCUUGAUUUUUACACAAAAGCCCUAAUGAAAUUUCUGUAUUGUAACAUGCAAUUUAUGUAUUGUAACAUAAAAUUUAUGUAUU